CAGACCAGAGAGGAGAGCGGCACUGAGCACGACGGCCAUCUUAGGCACACGCACCUCCCGGAUUUAUUCUUCUGGUUUAUAAACGGCACAUCUAUCCUGACUGAAGGGGGAGAAGAGAGAAGGAGGCAUCGGUUUCCACUUCGCCGCGGUUCAAACUCGAAGUCGGGAUGCGGUUCCGAGGGAAUAAACAUUUUGCAUCCGCUGGACUGGUCCUCGGACUGUUGUUAUGCGCGGCGCAGGCGGCUAAAGUCAAUAAGCACAAACCCUGGAUCGAAACGACGUACCACGGGAUCGUAACAGAGAAUGAUGACAAAGUGCUCCUGGACCCCCCUCUUAUUGCUCUCGACAAGGAUGCUCCACUCCGCUACGCAGGUGAGAUUUGCGGAUUCAGGAUCCAUGGCCAGAAUGUCCCAUUUGAGGCGGUGGUCCUGGACAAAUCCACAGGCGAGGGGGUGAUCCGCGCUAAAGACAAGCUGGACUGUGAGCUGCAGAAGGAGCACACGUUCACCAUCCAGGCUUAUGACUGUGGAGAGGGGCCUGAUGGAGCCAACAUGAAGAAGUCACACAAAGCCACUGUUCACAUCCAGGUGAACGACAUCAAUGAAUACUCCCCAGUGUUCAAGGAGAAAUCAUACAAAGCCACUGUCAUCGAAGGCAAGAAGUAUGAUAGCAUCCUGAAAGUGGAGGCAGUAGAUGCAGACUGCUCCUUCCAGUUCAGUCAGAUCUGCAGCUAUGAGAUUGUCACCCCCGACGUGCCCUUCUCCAUCGACAAGGACGGUUUCAUCAAGAACACAGAGAAGCUGAGUUAUGGCAAAGAGCACAUGUACAAACUGACAGUGACGGCCUACGACUGUGGGAAGAACAGAGCCUCUGAGGAUGUCCUGGUCAAGAUCAGCGUGAAGCCCACCUGCAAACCCAGCUGGCAAGGUUUCAAUAAGAGGAUUGAAUAUGAGCCUGGCACUGGCAGCCUGGCCCUGUUUCCCAGUAUGCACCUGGAGACCUGCGAUGAGCCAAUCACCUCCAUCCGGGCCACCAUCGAACUGGAAACAAACCACAUAGGAAAAGGCUGUGACCGGGAUACUUACUCUGAGAAGUCCCUGCACAAGCUCUGUGGUGCUACCUCAGGCACUGUGGAACUGCUGCCUGCCCCCAGCAGCUCUGCCAACUGGACUGUCGGACUGCCCACUGACAACGGCCAUGACAGCGAUCAGGUGUUUGAGUUCAAUGGGACUCAGGCCAUCAAGGUCCCAGAGGGCUUGGUGAGCACCAGCCUCAAGGACCCCUUCACCAUCUCUGUUUGGAUGAGACAUGGACCAGGGGCACACGAGAAGGAGACCAUCCUCUGUAACUCGGACAAGACAGAGAUGAACAGACACCACUACUCCCUGUAUGUCCACAACUGCAGACUGAUCCUGCUGCUGCGUCAGGACCCCUCUGAGGCCGAGAACUACAAACCAGCAGAGUUCCACUGGAAACUGGACCAGGUGUGUGAUAAAGAGUGGCAUCACUAUGUGCUGAAUGUGGAGUUCCCCACAGUGUCUUUGUUUGUGGAUGGAAACACGUUUGAGCCCUUCCUGGUCACAGAGGACUACCCACUGCACGCCUCUAAGAUUGAAACUCAGCUCACUAUCGGAGCCUGCUGGCAAGGUGGAAAUGCUCGCAUGGCCCAGUUUUUCAGAGGGAACUUGGCAGGACUCAUGAUCCGCUCCGGAAAACUGGAGAACAAGAAGGUCAUCGACUGUCUAUACACCUGCAAGGAGGGUCUGGAUGUGCAGCUGCCUGAGGAGGUAGCUUCUGCUGUCAAGGUGGACUUUAAUCCAAACCAGUCUUCUCUGAGUGUGGAGGGCGAUGACAUUGAUGCCUUUGACAAAGUGAUGCAGCACAUCUCCUAUCUGAACUCCCGCCAGUUCCCCACCCCUGGCAUCAGGCACCUACGCAUCUCUACCACUGUCAAGUGUUUCAAUGAGGAGACAUGUGUGACUGUGCCAGACGCUGAGGGCUAUGUGAUGGUGCUGCAGCCAGAGGAGCCAAAGAUCAGCCUGAGCGGUAUUGACCACUUUGCCCGGAGCUCGGCCGAGUUCGAGAGCUCCGAGGGGGUCACCCUGUUUCCCGAGCUGCGUAUCGUCAGCACCAUCACCAGGGAAGUGGAGGCUGACCCAGAGACGGAGGUAACCGAGGGCAACGACGAUGACCCCACUGUUCAGGAGACCGUGGUGUCCGAGGAGAUCAUGCACAACCUGGACACAUGUGAGGUGACUGUGAUCGGGGAUGAACUGGAUGGAGAGCAUGAGAGUCUGGAGCUGGACGUGUCUCAACUGCAGCAGCGCAGCCUCGAGAUGAGCUCCUCUAAUCUGGGCCUGGUCAUCACAGGUGUGAACACCAUGUCGAACUACGAGCAGGUCCUGCACUUGAUUCGCUACAAGAACUGGCACACCGAGGCGCUUUUUGACAGGAAGUUCAAACUGGUGUGCUCCGAGCUCAACGGCCGCUACAUCAGCAAUGACUUCAAAGUUGAGGUGAAUGUCAUCCACACAGCCAGUCCUGUGGAGCAUGCUAACAACGCCAUGAUGCAGGCCAGCUUCAUCAACCCAGUUCACCACGCCUCUGUGGACCUGUCUGGACACAACCUGGUCAACGCACACCAGGCCUCAGUGGUUCCCAGUGCUGCCACCAUUGUGAUUGUGGUGUGUGUCAGCUUCCUGGUGUUCAUGAUAAUCCUGGGCGUGUUCAGGAUCCGCGCGGCCCACCAGCGCACCAUGAGGGACCAGGAGAAUGGAAAAGAGAACGAGAUGGACUGGGACGACUCUGCGCUCACCAUCACUGUCAACCCCAUGGAGACGUAUGAGGACCAGCACAGCAGUGAGGAGGAGGAGGAAGAGGAGGAGGAGAGCGAGGAAGGCGAGGAGGAAGAUGACAUCACAAGUGCCGAGUCGGACAGCAGCGAAGAGGAUGAGGGCCCAGAACCAGAGGACCAGCCCGGAGCCAGCAGACAGCAGCAGCUGGAGUGGGACGACUCCACUCUCACAUACUAAAUGCACCAGAGCUCCUUCCACAACACACAUGUCCACCACCAUCACACGUCUAUGAGGAGCCCUCAUGUAAAAAUACAAGUCAUACAUUUACUUCAGCGUAUAUAAAUACAUAUAUAUAUGGUCAAGAUUUUCCUGUUGUUCUUAGUGGUGGUACUCAGUGUAGUGUAGUCAUCACCGGAUUGCUGAAUUUUACAAUUUUUUUUAUUUAUUAUGUUUGAAUUCCCAGGAAAACUUGGCCUACAUUUGUUUUGAACUGUUUGCGGAAGCCAACCCUGCACUUUUAUUUUCAUUUCUUAAUUUGAACGGCUUUCAAACCGAGUCCCAAUGUACAAUAUUCCUUAUUGCUUUAUGUUUUAGAUAAGUUUGCAGCAAAAUCACAGCUUGAGUUAUAGUUGACAGUGAAUAAGCUUUGAAUCAGUAACCAGCUUUUUCCCUUCUGUUUUUUUUAGUGCAUGACUGAAUUUGAGACAUCACAUUUAGAGAAAUGCUUUUUAACAUUUUUUGUAAAUAUAAAGAAACCAUGUAAUUAGUCAGUGUCUUAGUGAUGGCCUUUCUCCAUUGGGUCCAAUAUAUAAUGCAAAGUUGUGUCCAAUACUUGUGUUACAAAGAAGCUGUAGCAUGUGGCUAAAUUACUGCAAAAAGCUGUCUAGUCAUGCUUAUGCAGGAGGUUUCCAUGACAAAGAGCUUUGUCUUCUUUCCUAAAGUUUCAGCUCUUGCUUAAAUUGCACAGUAGCAGUUCUCUAUUUCCCUUCCCCAAAUAUUUUGAUGUUGUAUAAAGGGUUGUGGAUAUUUGGUGAAAUGCUUGCAUUCAAAGCUAUAUGUUUUGGGAAGUGCAAACUUGAGUUCAGUUACAGUGCAUAUGCACAUUUGUCAGCAGAUAUUAUCUUAUCUUAACUGUCUGAAGGAGACAGAAAAUCUUCAAGCUUCUACAGUUGCAGUCUUUGUGGAGCCUUGAAGAUUUUAAGAACAUUUAUGUUAAAUGGAUUCUGAAUUGGUUUGUUGACAGUUUAUGUACAUUUUAGAGUUGAUUGAAUUUUUUUGUUUAUAUUUGGUAAACUGCUUUUGGUGUGGCGCAAUUCAUUUGGAAAAAUUAUAUCAAACACUGCUUCUACUAAAACUGCAAAACUCAUUGUAAAUAGUUUUCACCUCAACACACAUUCAUGUUUGUCAAGGUACGGCGUAAAAUGUGUUUUAAUUUGGGCUAAGAAGAAUGUUAUUCAAAUUUGUCAGUUGUAUGUUACAAUAAUCAAUGCUUGUAUGUUUGCAAAUUUUAGUAGCACAAUUGUAAUUUAGAUUAAUUUAUGAUUUUAUUAUUUGUGUUGGUGAACAGUCUCCCUUCAUGAUGACCUGCACAUGUUUAGGUCUGAACUUGUCAAGAUGGGAAUGCCUUUUUACCAAUCAUAUUAAUUAAUAUACAUUUUUUAUCCAUUUCUUACAAAGCUGGGGAUUACACUAAUUUCAUAAAGCAUUGAUAGUUUGUGUUUCACAUAGCUGUUCGUGUCCAUGUUGAUGUGUAGUUAGCUCCAUAAUUGUAUCUUCUAUAGAUAUUGUACUAAAUCAUAUUGUUCUGAAACUCAAUCUCUAAAAUGUUGUACAGAAACAUGAAAUAUGAAAAAUUGCUUUGGCAGCAUACAUGGGUAUACUGUUAAAUUUACUUAUUUGUGUAUAGUAGACAGUCAUUUUGAAGUGUCUUAUUGCCUGGGUUGUUGAGAGAGGGUAUUGAGGGCAGCAUGUAUUUCACAGGAAUAUAAUGAUGCUUGUUGACUCAGAAUUCACAAUUUCAUUACAUAAAACAUUAUUCACAACUUCAUGUAUAGUAUCAGAAUCAUUGUCAUUUUUCAGGUUUUAUUCUUUUACGAUCAGCUCGUGAACUAGGUGUUCAUUAGUUGAAUUGAAUGUCACUGCCUAUCAAUCUAAAUAGCAGCCAUAAUGUGAAAGACAAUAGAGGACAUUGCAUGACCCACAAAUAAUGACUGAAUGAUGCCAUGUUGAAAAGAACGCAAUACACUAUUUAAAUCUCAAAUCACAUGUCCACAGCACUUCAGAUGUUUUUCUUUUUAUGUCUGUUUUUUUUUUUUUUUCUUUUUUCUUCUUCAAAAUUGAAAGAUCAAAGUUGUUUUCAGGAUGUUUGAAUUCUUCCUUUGUGCUUGUUGGAGCUGCUCUCACUUUUCUACCAAUUCAAAGGCAAAUUGUAGUAAAGUCGAUGCUUGCUCGUGAACAAAAUAAAGGAUGAUGAGAUGGGAUAUAAAUGUGGUGUGAUGUUGUUUUCCUUUCUUCACUGCAGUAGCUUCAGGUAGGACACUGCGUACUGGGAAGGUAGACGCCCUGUUCAAUAGAAACUCAUAAAACAGAAGCGCCCCCUAGUGACGAUAAUAGAGCAAUUGUGGCUAUUUUCACUGCUGAAUAAAAAUUCUGGUAGAAUGUUGACAAAAUAUAUUGGGUGCAAGUUGUAACUGUUAUAAAAGGAUUUUAGU